AUGAGACGUGCAGAUAUUAUAGUAUCAAGAGACAAUCCUCAGCAUUUGCAUCAACAGAGUAUCAGUAAUUUGAAACAGAAUGAAGAUGAAGAAACGACAGUGAACGCAGAUGAAUCGAAUGGGCUACAAACAGAUAUGAAACCAUUACAGCCAACGGAAGAAGAUGAUAAAUUAUUGUAUGAAAAGAAAAAAAGUAUAGUCAUUUUACUCGGUCGUCUGUUAUUAAAAUGUGGAUGUCCUUGUCACCGAGUGGAUGAAAUACUACAGCAAACAGCAAAAAUAAUAGGAGUAGACGCGGGUUUCACCUUUUUACCGGAUGCAUUCAUAGUUACUUUUGCCCUUUCAGCCGUUUCUCAAUCCGUCAUGGUGAAAGCACCACAAGGUUUUGACAACGGCAAAAUAGCAAAGAUCAAUGAUAUUAUGAACAUGUUAUUUCGAGGCAUUAUCGAUCUGGAUCGUUGUCUCGUUUUGUUACAUGAUGUUGCAACUGCGCCGCCGACAUGUGGUGUAUGGCACACUUUAUUCUUUUUCGCAAUGGGUAGCUUUACAGCAGCAGCGAUGCUGUUUAAUGGCAGCUGGAUUGAUGCGGCUGUCAGUGGUGCAUUAGGAUUGUUAGUAGCCAUGUUGUUUUUGCUAUCUGCCAAAUUUCCGAUCUUUGCUCGAGUGUUCGAAUUAACUGCCUCAGCUUUAGUGGCCAUCAUUGCAAAAGCGCUGCAUCAAUAUUGCUGUUUCAAAACAGUGGCAUUAGCAUCGUUAUUAAUUUUGCUGCCAGGUUAUACGAUGACAGUGGGUGUGGUAGGUUCUACUCCACAGUUGUUGGUAGCAAAACAGAUCGAGAAAUAA